UGCCGGCCGUCGCGGAGUUUGCUUGUCAACGGCUCUCCGCGAGGAGAGGACCCGAGAAGGGAGGGGGGAGGAACGGACCCCCCCUCCGUUCUAACGGGCCUGAUUGGGCACUCGGGGUUCGAAAGGGGCGUGGCUGGCUAGGGCCGAAGGCUAUAAAAGCCCCUUUCGGGCGCCGGCCACCCUCAUUAGAGUGAGGGUGGCGCGGAGGAGACUUUGUCUCAAGCAGGAAGCUGAGGGGGGCAAUAGCUGGCUUCCCCCCCAAAAUAGCUAAAAAAGGGGAGGGUUUUUUAAACUAAGGGGGUCUGGCGUCUUGUUAAUAGGAAGAGGGGAUACCUAAUCCCCAAAUCUGGAGGGUUAGGGGUCGUUGGGCGAUCAGAAGUGAUUUAAGUAUAGAUUAAGGCGCAUGUGAGGCCCCUUGGAAGAGUGGGGUUAGGUUGGGCUACUUCUUUACAAGCUCCUGGGCAGACCCAGCACAAUGAAUUCCAAUGUAGAAAAUUUGCCUCCCCACGUGAUCCGGCUGGUUUACAAAGAAGUCUCCACUCUCACCUCAGACCCACCUGAAGGCAUCAAGGUCUUCCCCAAUGAGGAGGAUAUAACUGAUGUUCAGGUCACCAUUGAAGGACCAGAGGGUACUCCAUACUCUGGUGGCCUUUUUCGCAUGAAGCUGAUUCUUGGUAAAGACUUCCCAGCUAGCCCCCCAAAGGGCUAUUUCCUGACCAAAAUCUUCCACCCCAAUGUGGGUGCCAAUGGCGAGAUCUGUGUCAAUGUCCUCAAGAAGGACUGGAAAGCGGAACUGGGCAUCCGACAUGUCCUGCUGACCAUCAAGUGUUUGCUCAUCCACCCCAAUCCGGAAUCAGCUCUGAACGAGGAAGCAGGGCGCCUCCUGCUGGAGAACUAUGAGGAAUAUGCUUCCCGGGCCCGUCUCCUGACAGAGAUCCAUGCCCAGCCUUCGUCUGGACUGCGUACCAAGGACCCAGCUGAGCCUUGCUCCUCUUCGGCUGGUGCCUCUGGGGAUGGUCCCAUGGCUAAGAAACACGCAGGUGACAGGGACAAGAAAUUGGCUUCCAAGAAGAAGACUGACAAGAAACGAGCUCUCCGGCGGCUUUAGGGAAUGGGGGGUGGGGUGGGGUCUGGCACACAGGGUGGGUGGUGGGCAUUGAGGUUCCACAGUACAUUCUCAGUUUCUCCUUGUUUUCCUCUCCCACUUUCACUCUGAGACUGCAGUCCAACUCUGUCUCACAUUUGUCAGAUUUUUCUUCUUUUCAGUCGUUAAGUUAUUUAAAUUAUAAAAGCAGAAAAAUCUAUUAAAUGCCUUUUUUGUUUUUGUUUUUACAAAGGAAGGCUCUAGACGUAUGUUUGUGCCAUUAUCUAAACCUGUGGCGGGGACCUCAUUGAGAAAACUUUGCUUUUAAACGAAACGUCAGAGCAGGAAGGGAGCAGAUAGCAUCUUCCCCCUUCAAAUAAGAGUUUAAAGAGUUUGUGCUGCUGUGGGGUUGAUGGGGAGCAUGUUGAAGAGGGAAUUUGAUGGAGUUCAACCACUGUGAGGAACAACUGAAGAGAGAUUAUGAGUUUGCCAUUAUUCUCUGAAAUUGGUUGAUUAUGUGGGACAGAGAAAAUGGUUCUUGAUGUAAUACCUUUCCAGACAAUUCUUUGCUACAAGAUGUGCUAGUGGCUGCUUGCUUAGAUGAAUUUUAAGAGGGGUGAGACAAGUUCGUGGGGGACGGAGUUCCUGUGUCUUAACCAUGCAAACUGAAUGAGAGCACUCAUGUUUUUGAGUAAGGAUACAAUCACUUAGAUGGUUGGGAUCAGAUUCCCCACCACCAUUGAUUUCCCUUAGUGGCUGAUGUUGUCAGUGGCAUAACCACAUCCAGGGGCUAAAUCAUUGGUUGGAAGCUUCUUCAAACUGGAACCUGCCUUCUCUCCUUUCCUGUCUUCCUUGGCUACUGAAGGAAUUGAAGAGCACUUGGUGUUUCUGGAACUAACUAAAUCUUGACCUCAGGACGGGACAGGUCUUUUCAGCUGAGCGUAUCCAGUUUUGGUCCUCCCUUGCCCUUCAUUGCUUGGGUAAUAUGCUAGACCAAAUGAGGGAUGGUCACUGUUAUGCCCUGCUUGUGGCCUUUCCUGGGCAUAAUUUUGGGUACUUUGGAGCAUGUUUUGAUGAAAUCCCUGCUGGAAGCUCCUGAAGCUAUUGAGAAGAACAGAUUAACCUCAAUCUCAAUUCUGUUGAAAAUCAUAUAUUUAAAAUUCAAUGUCUUAUCACCACAAGGGUGGCUGAACCUGUUCCAGAUCAUCUCCUAGUAGGCUGGCAUCUUUAUGUGGAUAAAGGCAUAGACCUGGUGGGACUUUAGAGAGAUGAGGGACAUAACAAAAAUUAGCUUUCAAGGAAGUGAUUAACUCAGAGUGGGAACUUGCUCUCUUGCAAUGUAUGCCCACACGAAAGUAUUUCUGUAUAACAGAAAUGUCAAGACAGCUUAGGUUAGUAAUAGCAAACUGUUCUCAUGCAGUCUGGGGCAGCUUGCAUCUUUUCUAUGCCUCACCUGACCAGAAUUGUACAACAUGCCAACUGCAUGAUGUAGUCAAGAAUGGAUUUAUUAUGCAUCCUACUUCUGAUGUGAGACAUGCAGCUAAGAGACUGUUCAUUUGACAGGCCUAAUAUUUAGUGUAUCUACAUUUUAUUGUAUACUAAUGUGUGCGUGCAGUUAUGGACUGUACCAUAUUUGUAUGUUCUCCCUUGCAUGCACAGCCUUGAGUACUCUUAUUUGCCCAAAAAACCAAGAUAUAAAUUUAAUACGUGAAUGAGAAUAACCACCUAUCCUUUCUCCAACUGCCACUAUAGGGCAGUUCAAGACUAUUGCCCUCAGGGGAAGGAUGGUGUGGCUUUUAAAGGAUUUUUCUCCCUUACAUAGUUUUUCUUUACCAAUUUAUUAUAUAACUUUGUUGAUGCUUAUUUUAAAUAUUUUUAUGUAAACAUCUUAAGGUUCACCUGAAAAGCAAUAUAUAAAUACAUGAAAUAAAUAUUUUGAAUAUU